UCUCUCUCUCUCUCUCUCUCUCUCUCUCUCUCACACUUCAAAGCUCUAGAAAGUGGGCUCGAGACAAGAGUUGUGGUUUCUUUCCGAGCAUCAUCGUCAUCCUCACCGCCACCAUGCCUCGAGGAUUCUUGGUGAAGAGAAACCGGCGAUGCCCGGCGUCGUACCGGUCGCGGAGCAGCAGCAAUAACAGCCCUGAAGCAUAUCACGGGCACCGGAGCGGCGGCGAUAACUCCAAAGCGGCCGUGGAGGGGACCGACGUGUUGAACGUGUUCCCCUUCGGACGGCCAGACAGACUGCUCCCGGUGUCCCGCGACGACUCCGUUGCUGUCAGGGAGGCGUGGAGCCCGCACGUGGAGUCCGCGCUGGAGGCAGAGGCGGACCGGCGCGCGCAAUUACCGGAGACCGAGGACCAGGUGAGCGAGGUUGACGUCCUGACUCCCGGUAGUGGCUUCUCCUGCUUCUUCCCACCUCCUCCUCUGCCCCCACGCGACUUGACGUCAGCGCAGUCCCGCAGCCCCGUUAAACCGAUCGGCACGAGACUGCUCGACCACCACCCUCACCUCCACCACUACCACCCCCACGAGGAGGGAAACACGCAGCCGCUGUUCCCCGGAAAGUGCCUGACAUCGUCCCCGCUGACUGGGUUACCGGAGCUGCCGUUCCUGGUGAGCUCACCGCCGAACUCGGUGUCCGCUUCCAUUGAGAGGCUCCUCGCGAGCAGCGGCCGCACCGUGCCGUCCUGCGCUCACAGCGACAAGUACGACCCGAGCGUGGCUCACGUGCACUUGUUUCCGCCGUUGGCACUUGUGAACCAGGAGCAGCAUCACCCGGCGAGGAAGCGCACGUUCCUCGAGCAGGAUCAACGCCCGAACGGCAACAGGCUAACCGGCAAACCGGCGGCGGGCAACCCGCCGAAGAAACCCAAAGUGAACCGAAAGCUCAACUUCGAAGAUGAGGUCACGACCUCGCCGGUGUUGGGCCUGCGGAUCAAAAAGGAGACCCCCGAGUUGAGGAGGAGUCGGGAGAGGUCGGCGGGAGCCACCGGGAACCAGCCGCUCGGAGAGUACAUCUGCCAGCUCUGUAAAGAGGAGUACAUCGAUCCGUUCUCCCUCGCGCAGCACAAGUGCUCCCGCAUCGUGCGAGUGGAGUACCGGUGUCCCGAGUGCGACAAGGUCUUCAGCUGUCCCGCCAACUUGGCGUCCCACCGCCGCUGGCACAAACCCCGUCCGGUAAACGGCCAAGGUGGAGAGACCCAGGCGAACAAGAGCCAGCCGUUGAAGGAGGCACGGGGGCUCGUGCCGCACGAGAGGCCGCCGGUGGAGAUGGAGGGCAAAGAGAACGAGCUGCUGCGCAUCAACACCAAUCAGCACCACGGAGCGCUGGACAGCUCCCGCGUGCGGCGCGAGCCCUCCCUGCUGCUGCUCCACGGUCGGUCGCGAGACAGCCCCGACGGGGACAGCCUCGCGGCCCCUCACUACGAUGCCUUGCUCCAUUACCGGAAUCCGUCCGAAAGCUGCCUCGACCUGCAGCAGCAGGCGAGAGCGGCGGACAGCCCGGCCUCGAGCCUGCUGCUGUUAAGCGGCAGCCCAGAUGAGCGCGCGGAGCCGCCAUCGCUCCCGCACGCCCCUGGGCCGUUCGCCCAGUCGCUGCCGGAAGAAGAAGUGUACGAAUGCCGCUACUGCGGCAAGAAAUUCCGCCGACAGGCGUACCUGAAGAAACACCUGGCCGCGCACGAGAUGACCGCGCGAGCGUCUCCCAACCCGUCAUCGUAUGGCCAGGCGCGCGAUACGAUCGUGGGACAGAGCCAGGUGUUCCUGUGUCACCUGUGCGGCGCGCGCUUCCCGUCGGUGGAAAUCAGGGACAAGCACCGGCUGUGGCACGCGAUGAGGGACGAGUUACUGGCGGGUACUUUGGGGGGAGGAGGAGGACUCCGACCGGACGUGUUCCACGCGCAGGGAGGCGAGAGCGGCAUCGGGGAGUGCGAGCAGCAGCAGAUUUUCACGUGCAAGCAGUGUCCGUCUACUUUCUUCAGCUCCCCGGGGCUCGCGAGACACAUCAACAAGUCUCACCCCGCCGAGAACCGGCAGGUGAUGCUGCUGCAGAUGACCGUACGGCCGUAA